ACCCUGAAACGAAAAGGCUUGGGCUUUGAAGGUGCAGAAAUGGAUCUGGUAGAAGCUUUGGACCCAGCUGAGAAACUGAGGCAGCUUGAUGAAGGAAUGGACCUUAGAUUAGCCCGGCCAAAACUUAGUUCGGCUGCUUCCCUGUCUAGCCUCGAGGGGGCAUCCAUGGGAACUCCCCCCUCCGGAGGAGAGAGUGGGGCAAGCAAUUCAGGUGAAUCUCCUGUUCAACAGAGCCAUCUCCAGCAGUUCAAGCCAACUGUUCCCAAGCCAGCCUUCCCUUCGGUGCGGUCCCCAGCAACCCUUGGACCAGGUAUCGGGUACUCGAUCUUCUCCCAUAGCAACCUCAGCCGUGUGUUGUCGAGCAAAACGCCUCCUCCGCUCUAUCUGGGGGCUGACUCCCGUCGGGUGGAAGGACAACUUUCUGCAAGCAGGAACAAUCUAGCAUCCACUCGCCCACUGUAUCCUGGGCUUCAGAGUCCUGUAUUGCCCGCUGGAGGUCUCCCUGGACGUGGACUACCAGGAUACCCCUUCCUCUCUUCCACCCCAUCAGAAUAUACUUUGGGGGAAAGCACGCCACACUCCUUCGGCUUCCAAGGAAACACCACGGCGGCUUGGCAACACCGAGAAUAUUCAAUGCCGGGAACAGCAAGUCGGAUUUGUGACCAGGCGUCUCUCGUUCCCGCCUCCCCUUCCUUGCACACCCAAAUCAGUGUGAAGUCGGAGCGAGCCUCCCCCACAGCCAGCUGUUCCUCGGCUAUCCCCCAGCUCUCCACAUACAUGCGUUCCAACCUCGGCAAUGUCCCCACGGACCUCCCUGCCUCUCAGGAAGAUUAUAUCAAGGGUUAUCAUUACUCGUUUCUGCUUUCCCGGCCUCCAUCGGAAGAAGCGAAGCAGCCCAACAUCCCCUCCCAUCGCCUGCCGGUGUCUGCCGCAGAGGAGUGGCAGAAGUAACCAGCUUGUGCUCAGUGGAGGCGGCUGUAUUGUAGGCGUGCGCGUAAGAGGGGAGGAGUGAAUGCCAAUCACCUGCGUUCACCUAUCAAUCAUAAUAGGGCCAAAGUAGAGAAAUGACAGAUUGCAGAAUCGUGUGUGCAGGGAAAGCCUCCCCAGGGAAGGAAAAAUUCAGUUGGUAGAACAGAGAACAGGUUAUUGGCAGCAGAUUGGAAAGUCCUCAACUUACAACCAUUCAUUUACAGGUAGUCCUUGACUUGCAGCCAUGCAUUUAGCAACGCACUGAAAGAAGUGACCUAUGACGGAUCCUCGCUCAGGGGUGGCAUUCAAAAUUUUUAGCAACCGGUUCUCUGCACGAUUGCUGGGUGAGCCUGGCCAUGGUGGGCCUAGCCUAUUCUGCUUCCUGCACCACCUGGGGGGGCAUUUUCACCCUCCCCAGGCUCUGGAGGCUUUCCUUGAG